AUGGGGGAUUCUGGUGGCGGAUGUGUGCCCUCAGACCCCGAUUUAGCUGCAGAAUACGAUGUUCAAGAGGUACUGGGAGAGCAGUUCACGCGCGAUCUUGAAUUCUUGGAACUCAGGGCUGUAGAAAUAGACAGAUGCAACACGCAAACUGCGCUGAAGCUUACGGAGGCCACGCGGAAGGUCUUGCUACCAGGGAACUUGCAAUAUGUGCGAAUGUGCAAGCCGAUCGACCAACAGCGCCUGUUGCUCAUAUACGGCAGAGACUCCGAGGCGCCCUUCCGCUCCGAAUUCGAGCAGAAUGGCAUACAAAUACAUUCCGAACGUACAGUCAAGGUUCCGCGCCACUCCCCCAGUACCCUGGAACAGUAUCAUCAGUGGUCUAAGCAUUGGCCCCUGAAGUACCUAAAACCAAGCGUGACGCCGCUCAAGAUCACCAAGGCACUGAAAGACAAGAUGCUGGGCAUGAUUCAGACCGCCCUUAAAGAGUCCCGCAACAAUCAAGGCAAAGCCGUAUGCAUUAUCACGCACAACGAUCGCAUUAUCGCAAAGGCAGUCGAUGAACGAGAUGCCAACAUACUCGACCACGCAGCGCUUCUGGCUAUUAGAAAGGUGGCGCAGUUGCAGAAGAAUGACCCAAAACGCAUGUAUAACGCAAAGAGGAGGUUCACGGGGUCACACAAUGGAAGCGAUAACGCAGCAGAACCAGAGGCGGAGGAGCCUGCGGACGAUGUCGAGAUUCCGGAUUACCUGUGCACACAAUGCGAAGUUUACAUGAGCCAUGAGCCGUGCUGUAUGUGCGCAAUGGCGCUGUUACACUCCAGGGUGGCGAGCGUGGCGUUCUUCCAUCCGAACGCACUCAUAGGCGCGCUGGGAUCCGUACACAGCAUACACAAUACCAGACAACUAAACCACCACUUUCGCGCAUUUGCCAUUAAACGAAUAUAA